GCCACAAAAAGGGAUUUCCAAUCUUGAGGCCCAACUACAACCACAACCUUUGGUUCCAGACUUGCUCUUGGAAAAUACGUGCUAGAAACAAUUCCGCAUUCCUGCAUACACAGUUCCAGAUUUAUCAGCAUGUGAUAUGAUCUCAUACAGGCGGUGUGUUUACCCUGGAAUUCUGUCCAUAGAAAUUACAUCAUUUCUACAUAAUUUUUUUCCAGGGUAUGGUAAAACAGCAUUUAUAUACUUCAAGCAAAUUAAGGUCCCUGGUACCCUAUGAAAAAAAAAGCUCUUUGGGUCACAGCUUCAAUGCAAUAGUUGGUAAUCUUUUGGAAAAAAAGGUGACUUUUGACCUUUUUAUAAGAUUAAGAAAAAUUCCAAAACUGCAAGACCACUGGGAAUUUCCUGAAAACUAUCCCCUGGAAUUUCCAAACUUUAAAACUAACCCUAUGUCAAAACAAUUCAUGCUUGGCUUACAGCAAACUAUACUGUAGGUGUAUAAACAAGAGUGGAAAAUAUCAGACCCAGGUGAAGUACAGGCAUGCAAGGCACUGUGCUUUACAAAUGAAUCCCGGAAACAGACAAGCAAGUUGAAGUUCUGGUUCAAGUAAUUUGAGGUGUGCCAAGCCGUGAACAGUCUCAAUCAUUCUCUGGACAACUUCCUUUACGGAUUCAGGCAAAUGGCACAGUUUAACAGCAAACGUCUGAAGAAAUUGUUCAGGUCAGUCUUUGAUGGAAGAACUGUGAGCAUCAUUAAGUCAUAAAGAUGGCAUCCGGCAAAGAUAAGAUGGCAAAGUCUCAACUGCUGUGCUCCUUCUGCUCUGACUAUUUCAAGGAGCCCAAGAUACUUGACUGCCUGCACAGUUUCUGCAAGAACUGCCUUCAAGAGCUCGCUUGCACUCAGGAUCGUCGCGGCCCAACGUUUAAGUGUCCCAUCUGCAGUGGGGCGACUGCAAUCCCCCAGGGAGUCGAAGAGCUGGCAGACGACCUCACAAUGUGUGCCCUGGUGGAAGAGUUCCUGAUGCAAGAGCAACUACUGGGGGGUCAGAAGAUGAAAAUCAAAUGUCAAUCCUGUGAGGAAAAGGGUCCGGCAGUUUCUUGGUGCACGAACUGUGACCAUUUUCUCUGCAUGGAGUGCGAACAGGCACACCACCGCUUAUCACUGCUAAGAGCCCACAUCAUUCACCCACUGGGUCAGCUUCAAUCAGGAGAGGUCAUCUAUGAACGUAAACUAAGAAAUGACGUUCCCAAAUGCAGACAGCACCCAGAUGAGAAUCUGAACAUCUUCUGCGAAUCUUGCCAGAAAUUGGCGUGUGCAGCCUGUUCUGUUUUGGAGCAUACGCAGCACUCUCUCUUUGACCUCCGAAGGGCUGCUGACAAAUGCAAAGAGGACAUCAAACGACUUUCUGCAAAAGCCAAAGAGAAUAUGAGGACAUUCGGCAACGUCUCCGUCACUGUCAACCAUGCGCGCAAGAACCUGGAUGUCACAGUUGGCAACAUCAAGCAGAAGAUCUCUCAGAAAGCCCAGGGGAUGAUUGACAAGAUCAGGAUUGAGGAGGAAAGACUGAAGCAAGAGGUGGACAGGAUCCAUGAGGACAGGGGAAACACAUUCCACGCUGCUCAAAUGAGCAAUCAGAGGGAGAUGGCCUGCGCCAAGCACAAGCUCCAACAGGUCGACCGAUUCCUGGAACAUGCCAGUUGCCACUCAAUCCUAGACACCAGAUCCAAGCUCCUUUAAAACCUCAACACGCUGAUAAAGAAGCAGGCAGCCACUGGGUACGAGGCUUUGCUAUUUAUGGACUUUGAAGAAGUUGAAGGCGAAAAACUAGGAGAACUGGUGCUUGAAAACAAAGCAGAUGAGGAAGACGUUGAGGACAAGACUAGGCACACCAAGGAAAAAUGGUCACUGAAGAGACAAGUCACCCAUUUUGGAUCGGGACCUGUGGAGUUCAAAGAAGCAUCCCAAGUUGCAGCCUUUUCUAACAAUGACAUACUCAUUGCAGACAUGGCACACAAGUGUCUGCUGAUGUAUUCCACUAGACGCAAUCCUGACGUCUCUCUCCUCACACAGCGGCUGCGAAUAAGAAGUCUGACCAAUCCCAGCCAUGUCGCGGUGAACACAGUAGACCAGUUGGUUGUGCUGGACGGUCCCACAGUCAAGACCUUUAGCAAAGACUACCAGCUUGUCCAUCAGUUCACACCGGGGGAAGAAACAGGGGGCAAGCCCACGUGCCUGGCCGUAGAUGACAAAAACCUGAUAGCUGUUGGCUACAGAGACAAGGAGCAGAUUACACUGCACACUCAAGAUGGCAGACUG